AUGGCUUCUGAAAGCCCCCACGAUGCGGCUGCCCAGCAGGGUGACGCCGCCAAUGAUUCUUGGGCCGGAGAUGGUGGAUUUGGAGCUGAGGACACCCAUACUGAACAGUAUAGCCUUCAACAAACAGAAGAACCUACCACUGCUUAUGACCCAGCUCACAUUGCGUCUGGUGAUUUCCCUGCAGAAGAACAAGAACAAGAACAAGAAGAACAAGAAGAAGCUGAUGACUCUGAUUCUGGUGAAUACGAUCCCGAGUCUGUCAUCAUAACCACCACAGCUGCUCCCGCUCCCGCUCCCGCUCCCGAGCCCGCGCCUGCCCCCGCUGCCUCCGCUGAGCCCGAGCCGAAGCCAGCUUCUACCUCCUCCCCACGCCCAUCCAAGAAGCCCAAGAAGGCGGGUGGGUUCAUAGUUGGAUCCUCGGACGAUGAGGAUGAUUCUCCUGCACCGCGUUCGGCAUCGGCCUCGGUGUCUACACCGUCUGCACUUCAGCCCCCUCCCCCUGCUGCCGGUGCUCCUGCUGCGUCUGCGGUUGCGGCUGUUGAUGGCCAGUCUCGUGCAUUCACCCAUUCGCCGCUUCACCAAGUCACCAUGUCCCAACCCGUUGCGUCUGCCGCUCAAGUGAGCAAUGGGCAGGGUAAUGUGCCUGUGCCUGUCGAUACAGUUGGUCUGCUGGAGGAGCGCCUGAAGAACGAUCCUCGUGGGGACAUGGAUGCUUGGCUAGCCUUGAUCGACGAAACCCGCAGACGUAACAUGAUCCAGGAUUCCCGAGCCGUCUAUGAGCGGUUUCUCCAGGCCUUCCCCCAGUCGGCCGAGAUCUGGGUUCAGUACCUGGAAAUGGAGCUCAGUCUCGACAACUUUGCCGAAGCCGAGGGCAUCUUCCAGCGGACCUUGACAACCAUAGUUGACGUCCAGCUGUGGAUUGCCUAUCUGGACUACGUGCGUCGACGGAACGAUACCAACGAGGCCACCGGCGCCGCGCGGCAGACCGUGAACGCGGCUUUCGAGUUCGUGCUGGACAACAUCGGCCAGGAUCGCAAUGCUGGCCGCAUCUGGCACGAAUACGUACAGUUCAUCAAGUCCGGCCCUGGACAGCUUGGAGGCAGCAGCUGGCAGGAUAUGCAGAAGAUGGACGUCUUGCGAAAAGCAUACCAGCGCGCCAUCUGCAUUCCGAUCUCUAAUCUUAAUGUGCUAUGGAAGGAGUAUGACCAGUUCGAACUGAACCUGAACAAGGUCGCAGGCCGCAAAUUUCUACAGGAGCGCUCUCCGUCUUACAUGCAGGCUCGAAGCGCAAACACACAGCUAGACACCAUCACCAGAGGCUUGCAGCGGUCGACUCUGCCUCGCCUCCCCCCCGCCCCUGGCUUUGACGGAGACCAGGAGUACCUCGAGCAGGUCGAGAUAUGGAAGAAGUGGAUAGCCUGGGAGAAGGACGACCCGCUAGUUCUCCAGGCCGAUGAACCAGAGACGUACAAAUCACGAAUCAUCUAUGUCUACAAGCAGGCUCUGAUGGCUCUCCGCUUUUGGCCCGAGCUAUGGGUUGAGGCCGCAGAGUGGUGCUUCGAUGAGAAGAUCCUCACCAAGGACGGCCAAGACCAAGGUCUCCUCUUUUUGACUGAGGGUAUUGCAGCAAACCCCGAGAGCUCUCUUCUUGCUUUGAAGCACGCCGACCAUGUCGAAUCGACUCAUCCGGCUGGAGAAGGAGACGCAGGCAAACUUGCUCUUUGCCAAGCUCUGCGUGCUCCUAUCGAUCAGACCCUUACUACUCUCUACGGCCUCAUUAAGAAGCGGAAGGAGCAGGAGCUGGCGGCCGUCAAGUCUAUCGAGAACGAUCCCAGUUUCGCAAGUACAGAUGCCGAUGAUGAAGACGACGGAGAGAUUGGCGAAAGAGGCUCCAAGGACGAUCCAAGAAAGGAGCGCAUCAAGGCCGUUCAGCAUGGUUUUGCCGUGCAGAUCCAGAUGCUCAAGCAACAGAUCUCCUAUCUCUGGAUUGCCCUUGCCCGCGCAUACCGCCGCAUCCAGGGACAAGGCAAGGCCGGCGGCCGUGACGCCCCUUCUACUGGAGUUCGUGCCAUCUUCACUGAGGCCCGUCAGCGAGGCCAGUUGACCAGUGACGUCUACGUGGCCAUCGCACAUAUCGAGUGGGACAUAUACCAGGACCCUGUGGCCACCAAGAUCUUUGAGCGAGGGGCCAAGCUGUUCCCAGAGGACGAGUCUUUCAUUGUAGCUUACCUCAAGCACCUGCACUCCCGCCACGACACAACUAACGCCCGCGUUGUCUUCUCCCAAUCGGUCAAGAAAUUCAAGGAGAAGCCUGAGCUGCUGCCGAAAUUGAAGCCUCUCUACGCAUAUUUCCAUGGCUACGAAGCGAAAUUCGGCGAGCUUGCACAGAUUAAAGAAUUGGAGAAGCAGAUGGCAGAAAGUUUUCCUGAGGACCCAAAGCUAGUCCACUUCGCUGCGCGGUUCUCGUCGGAUGGAUUCAACCCCAUCACCGCCAGAGUCAUCAUCUCCCCUGCUGCCCAGAUGCGGCCUAAGCACAUUAUGCAAUCCGUGGAACAGGUAUCAACCUCGACACGGGCGAGUCCUCAUCCAUCCACUAUGGUGGACCGCAGCCCCCGUCCUCAGUACUUGCAGGCUGUGAACUCUCCGAAGCGACCGUUCCAGGCCGACGACCAAGAUGAUUUCAACCCACCCAAGAGGCUUGCGCGCGGUGCUUCACCCCUCAAGGGUGCAGCUGGACGGCGUCUUGACCAGCAGCGUAGGGCAGCCCAAGGUCAAGGAGUCACGACGUACAGCAGCGCACCUGCCCCCAUCUCCCGGGACAUCACAUUCUUGAUAGGUCUCAUACCGCCGACCUAUCAGUACGACGCCCCGCGCUACAAGGCAGAUAGUCUCGUUCGCAUAUUAAGAGAGGCUACUGUGCCUGACUACAAUGACUGGAAAUCCGCCCAAAAUCAAGGUCUCCGUCAACCCCAGCAGAUUCCUGGUGGUCGAAACAGUCCAUUCGUGGGUGGUGGUUUUGCAGCACCUCCCUCUUAUGGCACACCAGAUCCGGCUGCUGCUUAUCCCCCGCAGAUGCAGAACUUCCAGUCGACACUUCCUCAACACUACGGUUAUCCAUAUGGAUCUGGACAAUAG